AUGUUAUCUCAAAUUGACAGCAUCUUUGUCUUCAACUGGGAAAAAAUCGAUCAUGAACAUUUAGUCCUUAAAUAUUCAAAACUUAUUGGUGUAUAUGAUAAAUUCGAUUUAUUGUGUUUAUCAAUCCAAGAACAAGUCGAAUUCUUCGAUCGACAUUUCGACACAUUCAGCUUCUUCGAUCAAGAUGAAUAUUUAACAAAAGAUUUAUCAAAACAAACUACUGAUCUACUGUGGUUUCAGCUUUAUCAUGAUGUUCUCUUUCAGUUAACACAUAAUGAAGAAGCUAAACACGAAAUGAUCGAUGUAUGUCGUUCCUAUUAUCGAGGUAAUAUCAAACAAAUGGAAGCGAUUCAGAAGUUUGAAAAUGAAUAUCAAUCACAUGAAGCUAUUCAAUGGUAUUCGAAAAAGUUAUUUCUUUACAAAAUGAUCAAAAAAGCAUUAAGAAUCAAAGACUUCGAUCAGCUAUAUACAUUUCGAUAUUUUAUGCAAGAUCUAACAGAAUGUUUUGUACGAGAACAUCAAAAAUUGAUUCAAUCUGAUAAAGAAAUAUUAUUCAUCUAUCGAGGAAUGAAAUUAACAUGUGAUCAAAUUGAAAAAUUCAAAGAGAACGAAGGUAAACUGGUUUCAAUCAAUGGAUUUUUCACAACAAAUAUUCUUCGUUCCACUGCAUUGAACCAAGCAAUGAAAAGUUCGAAACAAACUGAUCUCAUUUCUGUUCUUCUAGAAAUUCAAUUCGAUCGUCAAUAUCUGAAGAACAAUGUUAUUGUCGCUGACAGCAUGUAUUUCAAUGAAUUUCGAUGUGAAGAACAACAAGAAAUUUUGUUCGAUUCAAAUGUCACUUUUCAAUUGAAGAGUGUGAGAAUGGAGGAAGACAUGUACUUGAUUGAAAUGAUUACAUCGAAUGAAGGUCAAAUUAUCAAAGAAAAAUAUAUCAAAGACUCACAUCGUCAAAUGGAAGAUCUAAGCAUUAGAAUUCUCUUUGGGCGAUUGAUGUGUGAUAUGGGACAAUGGGAUCAAUCACAACACUUCUUUCAACAUUUAUUGAACAACUCGAUUAGCUACAAUGAAGAUCUCGCAAAGAUUGAAUAUAGUCUUGGUGAAGUUCUUCAAUGGAAAGGAGAAUGGAAUGAAGCACGAAAAAAUUAUAAUCGUGCUUAUGAACGGCUGACGAAUGUGAAACCAAUACGAAUUAAAGAUAUAGCUGAUAUUCUUUUCAAUAUUGGUGAGAUUCUUUAUCUAGAAGGAAAAUAUGAAGAAGCGCUUGGUUAUUAUGAACAAGCAUUUGCAAAGCGAAAGGAAAAUUAUUGCUCUACCAAAGUUGAUAGGUCUUGUACAUCAAGUAAGCAACACAGUAGUUUGCUAAAUCGUAUUCGUGCAUCAUUCUGGUCGAUUUUAUUGAAUUUAGGCGGAUUCUUUCCAUCGUAUUUCCAAUGGUUUUGGACUACAUAUUUCCGAAGAAUUUCUUGUUGGUUCCGUUCGAAAAAUGUGAUAAAUAGAAUGAAGCCUGUUGAUGUACAGUCGAGCCAAACUCAGUUACAAGAAAUUUGUCGAAACUUACAGAAAACUGGUUGGUUACAGUUUGGCAAGACUCGCCUAGAUGGUUAUGUAUCUAUUGCUACUAGUCUCUGUAGCUUCGGCAAAGUUCUCUGUCGGCAAGCCAAGUAUGACGAAGCACUUAUCUUUCAUCAACAAGCACUGGCAGUGUUUAAAGAAUACUAUCAGUUUCCUCAUAUCGAUAUUGCUGUUUGUCUUGAGUACAUUGCCGAGGCUCUUGUUAAACAAAAUAACUACAAUCAAGCCUUCGAUUUCUAUCAACAAGCGAUGUCAAUCUACACAAAAUAUUAUCCUAAUGAUCAUGUAUGCGUCACCUCCAGCCUCAACGGGAUCGGUUACAUUCUCUUUGCGAAAGGUCAGUAUAAUGAAGCUCUGGACAUGUAUGAACGCGCACUGGUAAUGCAAAAAAAGUAUUAUCCAAGUGGUCAUGUCAGUAUUGCCUUUAGUCUCAAUGGAGUAGGAACUGUUCACUAUGGACAAGGAAAAUAUGAUGAAGCUCUAUCAUUGUCUAAACAAGCUCUGGAAAUUCUUCAGAAAUAUUAUUUUUUCGGUCACGACAAUAUUAUUGACAUUCUAAACAACAUUGGCUACAUUCAAAAGGAACAAGGAAAGUAUAAUGAAGCUCUUGAUUUACAUCGACGAGCAUUGGCAAUGCAAGAGAAAUAUUAUCCAUCUUAUUAUGCUGAUAUUGCUGAUACUCUCAAUUAUAUCGUUGGUGUACUGUUUUGUCAAUCAAAAUAUGAUGAAGCUCUAUGCUAUUGUCAACGAGUACUAACAAUACAAGAGAGCUAUUAUCGUUCAAGUGAUGCUUCCAUGGCCUUGAGUCUCAACAACAUGGGCAUCGUCUUAGGUGAACAAGGAAAGUUCACUGAAGCUGUUGAUUGUAUUCGGCGAGCACUAUCAACUGUCGAAAAACACAGUCCAUUUGAUCAUUCUUCCAUUGCUACUUAUACAAAUAAUAUUGGAUUAAUAUUAUGCAGGCAAGAAAAGUAUGUUGAAGCUCUUGAUUAUCAUCGACGAGCACUCGAAAUGCUAGAAAAAUAUUGUCCAUCACGUCAACAUGAUAUUACCAACACUCUCAAUUACAUCGGUAAUACACUCGCUGAACAAAACAAAUACGAUGAAACAUUGAAAUAUUAUCAACGUGCACUCGAAAUGCAAGAGAAAUAUUAUCCAAACGGUCAUGUGAGCAUUGCGACAACUCUCAUUAAUAUUGGCACAAUAUUUCGUCAACAAAAUAAAUUCGAUCAAGCGAUUGAAUAUCAUCAAAAAGCAUUAGAAAUUCAAGAGAAAUAUUAUCUAACAGACAGUAUCAUCAAAGCUGAUACCAUCAAUCGUAUCGGUCAUGUUCUAUACCAUGAAAAAAAGUAUGAUGCAGCAAUGGACUAUUAUCAACGGGCACUUUCAAUGCAAGACAGCUUAUGUCCUGAUAGUCACAUCGAAACAUCUCAUACUCUCACCUUUAUUGGUCAUACUCUGUAUGAACAAGAAAAGUACGAUGAAGCUCUUCAGCUUUAUCGAAAAGCCAUGGCUAUUCAAGAAAAACAUUAUCAAUUUCAUCAUAUCAACAUCGUGAAAAACUUGAAUUUUAUUGGUGUUGUUCUACAUAGCCAAAAGAAAUAUGGCGAAGCUAUUGAUUUCUUUCAAAAAUCAUUAGCUAUUCGAGAGAAAUUCCAUCCAUUUGGUUAUAAUGGCAUCACUACCGUUCUUUCCAAUAUUGGUAAAGCUCUGAAUUUGCAAAGAAAAUAUGAUGAAGCUCUUGACUUUCAUCAACGAGCACUAACAAUACGAGAAAACUUUGAUGCGACUAAUCAUGUUGGCCUUGCUAAUAUCCUGAUAGACAUCGCCAAUGUUUUAAGAGAUCAGGGAAAGAACGAUGAAGCUAUCGACUUCCAACAACGAGCAUUGAUAAUACGAAAACAAUAUUUUCCGUCUGACCACGUGAACAUUGCUUAUAGUUUGAGCAACAUUGCUGCUCUUCUGAGUAAACAAAGAAAAUGUAAUGAAGCUCUUAACUUCUUUCAACAAGCGCUAGAAAUCUACGAAAACUGUUGUCCAUUAAAUCCUGUCGAUAUUGCUAAUGGUCUCAUCAAUAUUGCUGAUGUCCUGAGCAUACAAGAAAAAUACGAAGAAGCUAUCAAAUUUCAACAAAGAGCAUUAACAAUCCGAGAAGAAAAGUAUUCUCCUUGUCAUGAGAAUAUUGCGGAUAGUUUGAAUCGCAUCGGUGAGAUUCGGUUUGAUCAAAAAGAAUACAAUCUAGCACUCGACUGUCAUCAACGAGCUCUCGCAAUCCUCGAAAAGUGCUAUCCAUAUGGUCAUGUUGAUAUUGCACAGAGUUUGAGAUAUAUUGGUGUGAUUCUAAAUAUGCAAGGAAAGUAUGAAGAAGCCCUCGAUUAUCAUCAACGAGCAAUGCAAAUCUAUGAGCAAUAUUAUCCAUCCGGCAAUGAGAGUCUUGCUACUUGUUUGGGUUAUAUUGGUUAUAUAUUGAGUAAUCAAGAAAAAUAUGAUGAAGCUCUCGAUUUUUAUAAUCGAGCACUGGCAUUUUACCAGUCGCAUUUAUCCAAUCAUCGGAAUACCAUUAGUUGUCUGAACAACAUAGCUCAAAUUUUAAGAAACCAAAGAAAAUAUUAUGAGGCGUUCGACUUUCAACAACAAUCAUUGGCACUUCUCAAAAGUAACUCACCUUGUGAUCAAUUUGAAAUUGCUAGAAGUCUCAAGAACAUCGGUAAUACUCUGUUUCAGCAAACAAAAUAUGAUGAAUCUCUUGAUUUUUGUCAACAAGCAUUGGUCAUAUUCGAAGAAUAUUACCCCAAUGAUAAUAUUGAAAUUGCUGAUUGUUUAUAUUGGAUCGCUGCUAACUUCAAUAAAAAAUCCCAGUUCGAUCUCGCUAUUGAAUGUUUGGAAAGAUGUUUAUUAAUUAAAGAAGCCAGUCUACCUCUAAAAGAUCUCUUCAUUGCUAAUUUACUUACAUGUUUCUCACAGGUACACAGAACGAAAGGCCAGUAUGAGCUCUCUCUUAUAUAUGAACAGAAUCGUUUCUUUAUGAGUCUCAAUGUUCUACCACCAGAUCAUGAAGAAAUUGGCCAUAGUCUGUCGGACAUUGGUAAGACUUAUGAAAACCUUCAUAAGCCUAUGUUGGCACUUAAUUGCUAUCAACAAGCAUUGGCUAUCUACAGGAAACGUCUGCCUCCCUCGUAUAAUGACAUAUGGAUGAUGGAACGGAAUAUUGAACGACUUUUAGAAGAACUCGAUGAAUCAGAUUGA